AUGGCGUUUUACUCUGAGGACGACAAAGCAGAUGAUUACCUUUUUAAGAUUGUCUUAAUUGGUGACUCAGCUGUUGGGAAGUCGAAUUUGCUUGCAAGAUUUGCUAGAGAUGAAUUCUACCCCAAUUCAAAGUCAACAAUAGGGGUAGAGUUCCAAACCCAAAAGCUAGAUAUUAACGGAAAGGAAAUUAAAGCACAGAUCUGGGACACAGCCGGUCAGGAGCGAUUUCGGGCUGUAACGUCCGCAUACUACAGAGGUGCAGUUGGAGCUCUUCUGGUUUAUGACAUCAGUCGGCGCCAAACAUUUGAUAGCAUUGGCAAAUGGCUUAAUGAACUUCACACUCACUCUGACAUGAAUGUAGUAACAAUACUUGUCGGAAAUAAGUCCGAUCUCAAGGAUGCCAGAGAAGUACCAACAGCAGAAGGCAAGUCCUUGGCUGAGGCACAGGGUUUGUUCUUCAUGGAAACUUCAGCACUCGAUUCCUCCAACGUUGCUGCUGCCUUUCAGACAGUUGUCAAAGAGAUCUACAGUAUAUUAAGCCGGAAAGUUAUGAUAUCACAAGAACUCAAUAAACCGGUUGCUCCCGAGCUGGGAAAUAGAAAGACUGUGGUUUUAAAAGGAGAUGGGAAUCAAGAAGGCAGUGCAGGGACUAGAAAAGGAUGUUGUUCAUCUUAG